AUGGGAUCAUGGGGCUUACGUGAAAAUGUGGAGACUUUGGUCCUUUCCUUGAUUAGGCGACGUGCGAGGGAUCAUCAAAACGCUACAGGAAGUCAUACGGCUCUGCACGGCAUAAUUCAAGGACUCAAACCAGGCUUACACGGCCUUCAUAUCCAUACAUAUGGCGAUCUAAGCAGUGGUUGCAAAGUCCUGGGUACGCACUACAAUCCUUUGAACAGGAGGCACAACGACAAUGUAAAUAUCGAUCGCCAUGCUGGAGAUCUUGGCAACAUCCAGGCAGCCGCCAAUGGCGUCGCCGAGUUCUUCUCUGCAAACUGUGAGAUUCCACUCCGGGGAGCGAAUUCUAUACUCGGAAGAUCCAUUGUCGUGCACGAUCACGCCGACGAUCUUGGGCGGAGCGGGAGUAUAUCUGGGAACGCUGGAGGUCCUGUUGCUUGCGGAAUAAUUGGCGUUCGUUACCACGCAUAGAUUUCUCAUCACAUAGUUUUAUUUUGUUUGCUUUGUUCUCGUUCGCGCGUUUUUUCAAAAUUUUAAAUUUAAAAAGAUUGGUUUGCCCUAGAAAA